AUGGCAAGUCAUGACGGUGGAGAUGGUAGCGUGCUUACCGGAGAUCCUGAAGAAGUGACAGCGCCCGUCAAUGGCGCAGCAGAAGAAAGUAGUCAAGAUUCCGCUAGCAGCAGUCAAGAUCGGGGAGAAGAUGAUAGUAGAGGUCAGAAGAGAGGUUUCUCAAACUCUACAUCGGGGAGAUGGGAUAGCUCAGCUUCGUGGGGCGACUGGGACCAUCGUUGGGAAGAAGAUGGCCAUUGGGAGAACCAAUGGCGGCGAGAUGGCUGGAGUGGCUGGCGCUCAGGUUGGCAAUGGACCUGGGAUGAUCGUGAUGAGACCCAAGAUGACGAAGACUACGGCGAUGAUGAUGAUGGAACCUGGAGACAUGAUCCCUGGGCGGCGGCGUGGCAGAAGAAGCAAGCUGGCUGGCGCGGCGGCUGGCGAGAACCUCAGCGGUGCGGAGAACGUCGUGGUCCCGAACGAGCUCCGGAGGCGGAUGGUCGAGCUGAACGUCUUCGAGAGCGCGAUCAGCUUGACCGGCAUCGAGGUCCGGAGGCAGGUGGUCGAGCUGACCGUCUACGAGAGCGCGAUCAUCCAGACCGACUUCGAGAAAAGGCGGUGGUAUGGAAUGGAUGGAAGCACUUCUCGAAUGGCGACUGGAGCGACCAUGGCUCCGUGGGCAGUGACGAGAGCCGAAAGACUGGCAGUGGGCGUCCCUCCGAGAAGCUCACUGUCCCCAGCUUUUCCGGAGAGGACUCCGAGGACGUUGGCACCUCCGCCAGGUCAUACCUGAGACAGGUUGAAGCCUGGAAGCGGAUGACCCUUCUUCCAGAACACCAGCAAGGACUUGUGCUUUACCAGCACCUCACCGGGAAGGCUUGGGUGGCGGCCGAAGAGCUCAGUGUCGACAACCUGGCCAAGGACACAGGCGUUGAGUACCUUGUGAAGUGGAUCACGAACAGGUACUUGGACUUGGAGGUGACCAGGAUCGGGAAGGCCUUCUCAGAGUUCUUCCGCCGGCUCAGGCGUAAACCUGGGCAGAGUAUCCGCGACUACAACAGCGAAUACGACCGACUUCACGCCAGGCUACGUGAGGUCGGGUGCAACUUGCCGGAGGAUUGUGCAGCUUGGCUAUAUGUGGACAGGCUCCAGCUGGAGGAAGCGGCAGAGCUCAACUUGUUGGCUAGUGUCGGGAACGCUUAUUCCCUUCCUCGUCUACAGCAGGCGGCCGUCAUCCAUGAUCGCGGACAUCGCAAACCUUGGGAGUCCGGAACUUCUGGAAAGGGCAGGAAGCCGUACACGGCACACUUCACCGAAGCCGACGACUCCUUGGAAUCUGGCGAGGAAGACCCCGACUUCGAUGAGGGAGACGCUGGAGUGCCAGAAGAAGUCGCCGUGGCUUACGCAACGUACCAGACCGCGAAGCAGAAGUACAAGGAGCACCAAAGAAGUCGUGGUUUCAACGGCAACAUCGGCGAGAACAAGGGUGAUGGCAACCAAGGCGGGAAAGGCGGUGAAAGGACAAGCGAAAAGAUAAAGCUCAUGAAGGCCAAGUCGUUUUGCUCUGGAUGCGGGAGGCGAGGGCACUGGCACAAGGACGCAGAGUGCCCCCAUAACCAGCCAGGCUACCAGAAGAAUGGUGACAAAGCAGCCGGGAAAGCGGCCGACAUCGGGUUCUGCAACCUCCUGCCUGCCGAGGUCUUCUCCAUCAAGAUUGAGAAUGCGGGCCUCCUCGGGAUCACGGAUACAGCGUGUGCCCGGACAGUGGCAGGGACCCAAUGGCUGCAGGCUUACUCGGACAGGCUUGCCUCCAUGGGUGUGAAGCCAGAGCUGAGGAAAGAAUGCGAGGCGUACCGGUUCGGCACUGGGAAGCUCUAUUACUCCUCCUUCUACGUCGUCCUGGCCUUUGAGUUGGGGAGCAAGAUUGCGCAGGUCAGGACCUCCAUCAUCAACGGCGAUGUUCCCUUGCUCCUCUCCAAAACGGUGUUGGCCAAGCUCGGCAUGGUCUUCGACAUCGAGAAGGGGCAGGCUGACUUUAAUAAGGUGGGACUCAAAGGGUUCGACCUUCUUGUCACUUCGUCCGGGCACCCGGCAAUUCCGAUCGUCGCAACCAAAAUGGACGGCGACCCCGGCGCUUUCCUAGCCGAGGACCUGAAGCUUGUGCCCAAGAGUGAAUACAUGGCGUUUGCAGUUGCGCACAGUCAUGGACAUGGUAGAAGUCAUGAGCUAUUUAACUUCUUCUAUGACAAGAAGCUAGAGCCCGGUGUCAAGGAGAUGCUUGUUCGAGAAAAGGAGACCGAGAAGGCCAAGGACCCCACCGAGCAGAUGAAGAGAGUGUCGCACAUGAAUCUCGCAGAGCUGCGUGCGAAGGCGAGCGAGUUGAAGAUCGACUACACGAAUGCGACUGCAAAGGGCAAUCUCUUAAGCUACGGAGAGUGGGUUGUCAGACAGCUGGCCCACGCCGACAGCCCGGAUCCGGAGCUUGUGAGAUACGGGAAGUGGUUCAGCCGCAAGUACGAGAACAACAAGCGCUAUGCGGCCGAGGAGAUCGCGCCGCCCUACCCGAGCUCUACGGCGGCCACGAGGAGAUCGAGCAGCCCGCUGACCACUUCGACGACGAGGGAGUCCCGGAGCCUCCUGAGCGACAAGGCCAGCACGUCGUCAGCGGGAGGAGGACGACGCAGGACCCGAAAGGACAUCGAGGAGACCAAGAAGAUGGAGGACGAGAUGGAUCCGAAGGUCGCGGCGGAGAUAGCAGAGCUCGAGACGAAGUUGGCGAUCCUCAAGGACAAGGCCAGCCUCCGGAAGCGACCAGUGAGAUCAGAACACGACCCCGACCGGAACGAGGACAGCGGUGGGGGGCCCGACAACAAGGAUGUCCUCGCUUCACCCCAGCUUUGCAGAGAUCAGCCGUUGGAUGGCAAGGUUGGCGGCCGUAAGUGCUGCCCGGAGCUUUCCCAUGACUGCUUCUUUUCCGAGCAGGAGUUUGUGACUGCGUACCACAAUAGGCACGAAGUUUGCAUGAUUGAAUUUGACCCGGGCGAGUCCGGACAAUUCGACGUCGAUGGAGACCACGACAUCUUCCACGACAUUCCCGAUGAAGGCGAGGGCUUGGAAGUGUACGAGCGCAAGGAGUUCUCCUUUGAGGACCACGUCGACUUCGCCUACGACUCCGGCGACUUCUCCUUCAGCACCUGCCAAGAACUUCUUGACGAAGCUUUCGGCACCGUGGUCAAAGGAGGCGACAAUCGAGGCAGGAUUGUCGAUGGAGCCAAGAACAGCCUCACCUUUGGGUACUACACCCACGGCGGGAUGAGCGGCAUCACCAAAGCGGUGGUCAACCACAGCGCCUUAGCCCGAUACCUCAACCACUUCAUCGUGGCGCACACCACGGAAGACGCCACCUGGAAAGCCAUCAGCGUCUUCAAGGGCGGGACCGUGAGAGUGCACCACGACUACCACAACGAGGUCGGCUCCCGCAACUACUUUGCGUCCUUUGGACAGGACUCAGGAGGAGAGCUGUGGUUGCACGAUGCCCACAUCAACAAGGACGACAUCGCCGCCGAUGAGAAUGGCGACAUCCAAUGGAAAAGGACCGGAGCUAACGAGUGGUUACCCGGAAGGCUCACCGACUCCAAGGAGAAGUUCAUCGAGUUCGACCCCCACAUCAAGCACCACGUGGCGGAGACCAAUGGGGACGCGUGGCACGUGGUCGCCUACACACCGAGAGGCGCGAGCAAGAUCGGCGGCGACACCGAAAAGUUCCUGCGGAACUGUAGCUUCCCACCCACGAAGGGAAGUAAGAAGGGCAAGGUCGAGGGAAGCACCCGACCCACCAAGAAGCAGCGGAGCUCCAUCGCCAACACCGUGGGGAAGCUCAGCGUCCUCUUUGCAACGAUCCUCGCCACCGCCAACUCCUUCCUCUGCGAGGCCAUAAAGAGCGAGGUGAUCUACAACCCCAUCGCAGUCAUGGAGCUCGGCGGGUUCGACGCCACUUUGGAGGCAACCGAGCUCAACAAGGACAGGGCGCUCCAUUUGGUGAAAGCAGUGACACCACGACAUCUCCACCUCCACCUGGAAAGUGUACCUAGAGAAGUUCGAGAUGACCUUAAGAUCUUGGUGCAAGAGCAGUUGGAAGGAGGUGGAGCAGUUGUCCUGCAAGGAGGGCGCCCCCGAGAGAUCUUCGACGACUUCGACCUAUACCUCCGCUACAGCAACAACUACGAGGACCAGGAAUGGACGGUCCUUGCCCGAGCUGGAUGCAAGCACCUCGAGAUACCUGGAUGCCUAGACCCGCACCAUGUUCUGGUUGUCAAUGGCGACGAGGACAAGAAAGAGAACAAGCCCUUUCGCAUCGACGGCUCAGGGAUUACCUUCGAGCAAGGAGUCCCCGGACAUGUACAAUCGGCCUUAAGGAAGCUGCACCAGAACCUGGGACACCCGAGAGUCCCCGACUUAGUACGGCACCUUCGACUCGUGUUGAAAGCCGCAAAGGGGAUGAAGUGCCAAGUAUGCGAUUCGACCCGUGAUCCACAGGUGGCCCGUCCUUCAUCUUUGCCCAGAAUGCUCAGCUUUGGCGAGGUGGUAGCAGCGGACAUCCUGUACGCCCACGACUGCAACGACAAGCGCCACGUCUUCCUUUCACUUGUUGAUGUGGGCACGACGUACCACCUCGUGAUCAAGCUUCGCAACACCAGUGGCAAAGAGGUUGAGCAGGCUUUCAACACCCACUGGGUGACGCCUUUCGGCGCCCCCAACGCCGUCUCCCUUGACCUCGAGACAGGCUUACAGGACGGCUUUUCGAGGUUAUGCAGUUGGCAUAACGUGAAAAUCCGCAACUCUGCGACCCAAGCUCACUUCCAAUCGGGGGCGGGGGAAAGACAGGGUAAGUGGUGGAAACAUAUAUGGACCCGUGUGUGCCGUGAGCUUUCGGUCACGGCCGACGAAGUGCAGUUGGCAGCAACAGCUGUAAGCAGUGCAAAGAAUUGCUUGAGGAGGCGCUGCGGCCACUCCCCCUCUGCGUGGAUAUUUGGUCGUGAAGGCCGCGCCAUAGAGGAUGUCCUUGAUCCGGACAGUGGGGGAAGAGUCAGCUACGACGUCUCCGAUGACGCCCGGUUCCAGAGACAAGCAGCAAUCAGAGCCAGCGCCCGCAUCGCUUUUCACAGAUCAGAAAAUGACGGCAAACUCCGGAAAGCCCUGCUUCAGCGAGCUCGAGCUGUGACCCGCCCUUUCGAGAACGGCGUCAUCGUGGGCAAAGAAGGGAAUAACUACUGGGUGUCCCGUGCAGGGCGCUGCAGGCUGACUGCGCCAGAACACCUCAGACCGUCGGGACCCGACGAAACGGGGGAAUUUCUCGCGAUGAGCAAUGUGAAGAGGGAGCUGGAGCAGCUCCUCAACAACGACUUCGACGAGAAGGACGGCCACACUAGCGAGGAGGAGGAUGAGGUCGGAGGCUUGGACGAUAUCGGCACCCUCUACGCCCCCUCGGAGAACCCCGGCGAAGACGAGGACAUGGGCAGGGACCAUGCCGCCAAAAGAGGCGCGAUCGACCGCGACAACCACGACGAGGAGGGCGACGUCAUCUUCGACCCGGAGGACGGCGACCCCGAGGAGAAGCACGAGGCCGUCCUCGACAAGAACGCCGAUGAGACUUAA